AUGGCUCACGGCACUGGCAGCAUCAACAGUGACUACAAGGAUUGGGAGUGGAGCGACGAUGCUGGCGAACGGGCCAGGCUCCUGCAGAGUCCUAGUGUGGAGACGGUGCCCAAAAAUUCAGAGAGCCAAGGAAACAGUCUGGGGACCACAUCAGCUCUGGGAGCUGUCUUCAUUGUGGUCAAUGCUGCCCUCGGGGCUGGGCUGCUCAACUUCCCUGCUGCCUUCAGCAUGGCUGGCGGCGUGGCUGCAGGCAUUGCUCUGCAGAUGUGCAUGCUGAUCUUCAUCAUUGGAGGCUUGGUCAUCCUGGGGUACUGCUCACAGGCCAGCAAUGAGCGCACCUACCAGGAGGUUGUAUGGGCUGUCUGUGGGAAGGUGCCUGGUGUGCUGUGCGAGGUGGCCAUUGCUGUCUACACCUUUGGCACCUGCAUCGCCUUCCUCAUCAUCAUUGGAGACCAGGAGGACAAGAUCAUUGCUGCUCUGGUGAAGGAGCCUGAGGAAGUUGGGAGCAGCUGCUGGUACACGGACCGCAAGUUCACCAUCAGCAUCACCGCCUUCCUCCUCAUCCUUCCCCUCUCCAUCCCCAAAGAGAUUGGCUUCCAAAAAUAUGCCAGCUCCCUCAGUGUGAUUGGCACAUGGUAUGUCACAGCAGUCAUUAUCAUCAAGUACAUCUGGCCUGACAAGGAGCUGGUGCCCGUGGAGAUCCCCACCAGCCCCUCCACCUGGACAGCUGUCUUCAAUGCCAUGCCCACCAUCUGCUUUGGAUUCCAGUGCCAUGUGAGCAGCGUGCCCGUCUUCAACAGCAUGAAGCAGCCAGAGGUGAAGACUUGGGGGGCAGUGGUGACAACAGCCAUGGUGAUUGCUCUCUUCGUCUACACAGGCACUGGCAUCUGUGGCUUCCUAACCUUUGGAGCUGGUGUGGAGCAGGAUGUCUUGAUGUCCUACCCCUCUAAUGACAUCCCUGUUGCCCUCGCCCGGGCUUUCAUCAUCCUCUGUGUGCUGACAUCCUACCCCAUUCUGCACUUCUGUGGUCGGGCUGUCUUGGAGGGUCUCUGGCUCCGCUAUACUGGGAUAACAGUGGAGGAGGACGUGGUCCGGGAACGGAGGAGACGCCUGCUUCAGACCAUCAGCUGGUUCCUCCUGACACUCCUCCUGGCUCUUUUCAUCCCUGAUAUUGGCAAAGUCAUCUCCGUCAUUGGGGGCUUGGCUGCCUGCUUCAUCUUUGUCUUCCCAGGGCUCUGCCUGAUUCAAGCCAAGCUCUCCGAGAUCCAGGAAACCAGGGCAAUCAGCUGGUGGGCCCAGGUCAGCUAUGGGGUGUUCAUGGUCACUCUUGGAGCCUUCAUCUUUGGACAGACCACUGCCAAUGCUAUCUUUGUGGAUCUUACAGCCUGA